GCCUUUAUCUUUUUAAUGUUUACAUUAUCAUCAGUACUUUAAUCUUUAUAUAGAUGUGGUUUUACCCCCUUAUGUGUACAUUUAGUCAAAAUUGUUGUCAUUUUAUUUUGUAGGAAACAUCACAAGCUUUCUAUAGGGUUUGCGAUAUUUCCGUGUAAUUUACUCCCUGGUCCUGUGUGGGUGACGAGUAAAGAGGGAGUUGUCACAUUGUAGUUUGGUUCAAUAUACCGGGCUUGGAAUAGAGGGCGGUGCUUAAACCAUUACGCCGUAAUUUUCCUGAAAUUCUUCACAUUUAUUACACAUAAAAAACAUAGACCUUACUUGAGAUCAUUAUAACAUUAUAUUUUUGUGUGAGUACAGAGAUUGAUACUUUUCGAGACAAACACCGCCCAGCUGAGUUUUGGUUGUAAAAAUACAAUAACCCACACUGUAUUAAAGUCAUAACGGUCUCAUAAUUAGAUUAAAUAAAUAAUCAAAUUAUGUCUUAUGCACCUCAAGAAUUAAACAUUAAUUGUUAUGGAUAGUAUUAUUUAUUUUUAUACUUCUAAUAAACAUUAAUAUUUAAUUUCAUAUACUAAAGUUUAUUUAAAAAAAAUCAUUUGAAAUAUCCCCAGUUUGUUAGACUGGGUGUGUGUGUGCGGCUAUCAGAGGACGGUCAAUAAGUUUGCCUCCUCCUCUUCCUCCUCUUUUCUCCUUCCUCACUGCACCCAGUUCCACGCACCUAACGCUGGAGCGAAGCCUUUUUUUGUCUCUUUUUAGUACCACAAAAUUAGGGUGUGCCUUAAAAACACAGAGGAGCUUUGCACCAGCAGCAGCAGGUGAUCCAGGGACAAACCGAGCUGGGACGAAAUGGGAACACUGGAGUAAGUUAAGAAGAAGAAGAAGAAGAGGAGGAGGAGGAGGCGAGUGAAGCUGGUUUCUUUCCCACACGGAGGUGGAGGUCUUUGGAGGAGGGGGAGCUCAAUGCGACUGACUGGAUCAGGGGACCCUGCUGCACCGGGAGCCAUGAGCGGCAGCGGCAGCGGCGGGUCCGCUAACUUUCUGCUGGUGCCAAUCCCGGAGUACCCCCUGCUGGACUGUGUGCCCAACAAAACGGUGAAGAUUGUGGUGUUAGGAGCCAGCAACGUCGGCAAAACUGCACUCAUCGUCAGGUUCCUCACAAAGCGCUUCAUCGGCGACUAUGAAGCCAACACCGGGGCGCUCUACUCCAGAAAGGUCACACUGGACGGGGAGGAAGUGUCGCUCCAGAUCCAGGACACUCCCUGUGUGGCUCUACAGGAUGAUGCUGAGGGCCUCUACUGCCAGGAGCAGAUCAACAGGUCCAUCUACUGGGCUGACGGCUACGUGCUCGUCUUCUCCAUUACGGACCACAGCAGCUAUCGUACCAUCCAGCCUCUGUACCAGCACGUCAGACGCAUACACCCGUCUGGGAACAUUCCCGUCAUACUGAUUGGCAACAAGAGCGACCUGCUGAGGGCCCGACAAGUGCCUGCGGAUGAAGGCGAGACAUUAGCGUCCUCUCUUGGAGGCGUUUACUUCGAGGCCUCGGCCAGGGAGAACCAUGAGGGCGUCCAUGCUGCCUUCCUUCAUCUUUGUCAAGAGAUAUUCCGUGCGCUGGGGGGCGGCAACGGAGAGAAACGUAGAGGAGGACUCCACCUGGCCCGACCCAAGUCUCCCAACAUGCAGGAGCUGAAGAGGAGGUUCAGGCAGGUCCUUUCCUCCAAAGUCAAAUCAGCCACCACUCUCUGAUGCCUCAUGGACGCCAUCCAAGAAAAAGGAAAAAGGACCUAAAGAUUCCAUUAUGGAAUCAAAGCCAUUGACGGAAACUGACUUAUUGAGCACAAUCUCACAGACGGACACAUUUCUGGAAGCCAAGUUCUCCUCUGUGGGUUUUGGACGAAAGCUGUGGGUCGGUACCGCCACAUUCCUGGGCAACAAAGUUAACAUGUCACUCAAAGUCAGCUGGGCAGUCACAUGUCCACAUUGAGUGAGUUUUAUUUGGACUUCUGUGGAACAAAUGAAGAUUAUUAUUAGCUUUG